GGUGAAGUCGUCAGUCAGUCGGUGGGCCGCGUAGCCUGAGGACGCGUGCUCCUGUGUGUGAUGAUCAUGUUCACCCGCCCCGGGCCCCGGUGACGCGCGUGUCAGCUUCAUCACUGUGUCAUCACCUACUUCACUCUUACUUAGUGUCAUUAUUAUUCUGCGUUUACAACAUGGCUUCAAGUUUCUUUUCGUUAGUGAAAGAGGAACCAGAUACGGGGCACGAUAUGGAAACUACGCCCGUGGCACUACCACCCACUAGUGUGGGUAUGGGUGGUCACACGCCCCCAGGUGGGGGUGGGCGGCACGUGGGCGGUCCGCCACUACAGGCGGGGAUGCCUCUUACGCCCGUAACGCCAACCACCCACCAGCCUCCACCCAUCCGUCGAAUUGAGAUUGACCCAAACUUUGAGCCCGUGGCCCGUUCUCGUGCCAACACGUGGCCGCAGCCGUGCCCCGAGGGCUACAUGGAGGGCGAGGAGCCCUUUGCGGUAGCCGCCGAGGGCCCUAUGCCAGUGGAUCAAUCGCGGCCUCCGGGCACUAUAGGCGGGCCGGGCGACCCCUCGGGCGGCCCUCCUAAGAAGAACACUUCCCGCCGCAACCCGUGGGGCAACAUGUCCUACGCCGACCUCAUCGCUCAGGCCAUAAUGUCGUCGCCCGAGGGACGCGCCACGCUCUCCCAGAUCUAUGACUGGAUGGUGCAGAAUGUGCCGUACUUCAAGGACAAGGGCGACUCCAACUCCUCCGCCGGCUGGAAGGUAGGCAGCAAGCGUGGCGUGAGCACGGCCUCCGCGCCACCACUCCGUCCACCAUACCAUGUCUUAAUGUAUUCAUUUUAAGGUUUGAGAGGGAGU